AUGGAACAACAACAACAACCAUUACAAAUCAUUUGUCUACAAACUUAUUUAACUCAAUAUCAUUAUCAAUCUUAUUCAAUCCUAAAACAAUAUUUUCUAGAACGUAUUCGUUUAAGUAUAAAACCUUUAUCAACUACAAGUAAUAUCUUAUUUAAUGAAAUACGUGCACAACAUCCAACACUUGUUAUUCUUCCAGAAUGUACAGGCACAUGGCUUUAUUUAAUGUGUGUACCAAUGCCACAAUAUUUACGUAAUUUUUUUUUUAAUUAUCAAACUACAAAAAUAAAUCGUCAUAUAUUAUUUAUAUGUUAUACAUUAUUAACUCAUAUUCGUUUAUUUACUAAAGAAAUUUAUAAAAAUUAUCAUUCCAAAUUGACAUGGUUAGGUUUAAUAAAACGUUCAUGGUUUAGUUUAUUUUCUGAUCAAACAUAUAAUAUUUAUAAAAAAUUAUUUAGUGAAUUAUCUUAUGAAACAAAUUGUACUAUUGUUGCUGGUUCUAAUUUUAUGUAUGAAGAAAAAAAUUUUUAUAAUAUAUCAUAUGUAUUUGAACCAAAUCAUGGUUCAAUUUGUCUUCAAUCAGGUAAACAAUAUCCUGUUUAUGAUGAAAUUAGUUUUAUUGAUAAUUAUCAAAAACAACCAUUAAUCUAUUCAAUUCCAAAUACAAAUAUUGAUAUUGGUGUACUUAUAUGUGCUGAUAGUUGGAUACCACAAGUUUAUGAACAAUAUAAUAAAAUAGAAUUAUUCAAUAUAAAACAACGACGUUUUCUUUUUAUAAUUAUUGCUUUAAAUCUUGGUGAAUGGAAUAUACUUUGGCCUGGUUAUGAUUAUCAACAUGAUACACCAAAAGAUGUUGAUAAUAAACAUAUAAAUACAUAUUCAUUAUCAAAUGCUUGGUUUCAUUAUGCAAUAAAUCGUGCAAUAGAUAUAUUAAAUAAACAAAAUAAUUUAAUUGGAUAUGGUGUUAUUUGUUGUCAAGGUAUAUUAAAUAUUAUGAAUGAUAUUCAAGCUCAAGGUGAAAGUAUGAUUGUAUUAAAACGUUCAGAGAUAGAAACAAAAAUUUUAUAUGAAGCUAAAACAUAUAAAGAUGAAAAAAUAUUGAUAUGUGAAUUUUAA